UGAAUAUAGGUAAAUAAAUAAACUGGUAUUUUAUUUAUUGAUUAAUUACCAGCUCAUCUGGGAUUAGAACCUAGUGACAGAACAGCCUAAUUAAUGUCAACUGAUAAUUUAAUAUCUUUUUAAAUUUUUAUUAAUAAAAUUAUCUCUGUGGUAGAUGCCAAAAGCAAAACCAAGGUCAAGGAGGACUAGGUCGGAAUUAAGAGAAAAUGAUCAACAAGGUGUCCAGCCCCUGCAUCAGCAGGUCUUGCAGCGUAGGGCAUGUCAGUCACACCCUGAUGUCCAACCACCUGUCAGUCAGCCUCUUGCACAUCAGCCUCCAUCAGUAAACAUACAGCCUCCUGUGAUUGUAAAGCAACCUGCUGUCCAGCCUUUUCUUGUUGACGUACAGAAACCUGUUGUUCAGCAUCAACUUCUCAAUGUACAGCCACCUAUGCACCAGCAUGGACAGCCUCAGCAUGAACAGCCUCAGUCAGUAGAAAGGCGACAGCUGUCAGACGGUACAUUACAAGUGUAUAUAGUUGGCUCGUCAAUAAUAAAAUAUGCUGAGCAACAUGCAAAGAAUACUGUUGGUCAACACCUGGGCUUAAACAGGUAUAAAAUUUUUCUAAAUUGGAUAGGUGUUUCUUCUUUGAAGGUCGAAAAUGUACUGUCAGCCAUUGAAUAA